UGCGCACUGCAAAGCCACCUUCUGCAGCGAACUCACUGCCUCACAUCAAGCCGAACCGAGGACUUACAGCUCCAGCAACCGAGGAACUUCCUGCUUUACUUAGUGCUUUAAUUUCCCUGGAAGUGAAGUUUAUUCCGGACGCGAUGUUCCUUCUUCCAGUCGCCCUGGUGUUCAUUACCAGCUUUAAUCUGGUGUUCUCCUCAUGCCCGGCACAGUGCGAGUGCCCUCUCGAGGCUCCCAGAUGCGCCCCGGGCGUCGGUCUGGUCCCCGACGGCUGCGGCUGCUGCAAAGUUUGCGCUCGCCAGCUGAACGAGGACUGCAGCCGAACCGAGCCAUGCGACCACACCAAAGGACUGGAGUGCAACUACGGGGCCAGUCCAGGAGCCACCAGAGGCAUCUGCCGAGCCAAGAUUGAAGGCAGACCCUGCGAGUACAACAGCAAGAUCUACCAAAACGGAGAGAGCUUCCAACCCAACUGUAAACACCAGUGCACAUGCAUCGACGGAGCAGUUGGCUGCGUUCCUCUUUGCCCACAGGAGCUAUCGCUACCAACGCUGGGCUGUUCCAACCCCAGGCUGAUCAAAAUCCCAGGCCAGUGUUGUGAGAAGUGGGUCUGCGAUGACGGCAUGAAGAUUGAACCUUCUGACAAGCUGCUGGGCAAAGAAUCAAUACUCGACGAGACCGAGAGUGACCUCACCAACAGGAACGAACUGGUGGCGAACGUCAAACUUGGCCUCAAACGUCUACCUGCAUUCGCAGUCCCGGCUGAGUCGCAUAUAUUUGACGGGCAGAAGUGCAUCCUCCAGACCACCCCCUGGUCCCAGUGCUCCAAGACCUGCGGCACCGGCAUCUCCACAAGAGUUACCAACAACAAUGCCGAGUGCAAGCUGGUGAAGGAAAGCCGAAUCUGCCAAGUCCGUCCUUGUACCCAGUCACCUUACUCCAGCCUUAAGAAAGGUAAGAAGUGCAACAGAACCAAGAAGUCCACUCAGGCGGUGAAGUUCACCUACGCCGGCUGCACGAGCCUGAAGAAGUACCGUCCCAGGUACUGCGGUUCCUGCGUGGACGGACGCUGCUGCAGCCCGCAGCUGACCCGCACGGUCCGCGUCAAGUUCCGCUGCGAGGACGGCGAGACCUUCAACAAGAACGUGAUGCUGAUCGAAUCCUGCAAGUGCACCUUCAACUGCCCCCACGCCAACGAGGCGUCCUACCCCUUCUACCAGCUCUUCAACGACAUCCACAAGUUCACAGACUGAGAAGGGAAAUCCCGUUACGGAAUGACGCGACGUCAGCAGUGACGUGGAAAACGGCCAAUGGCGGCCAGGCCGGGGAGGCCGGCCAAUCAGCUACCUUCUUUAGAUUCCCACGGAAUCAUGGGCUCGCUUCCUGAGGAGUUUGAUGAAGUGCACUGUUUGCUGAGGACUCGUCAGCAUUUUCCAGCCUUUCAUGUAUUGAAAGACUCGCUCCACAGUGGAGCAUCGAUUUCGUAGCUUCGUCACGGAGCAACUUGUAAAGUUGAAGCAGUUAGUAAAACGUAGUGGUUCAAAAAUGUUGCCAUGUAUAUUUUGGUCGAAACUUUACAACAAUUUUGUGGUAACAUUCCUUCCUAAUGUGGACAGACGCGUUCAUAUUGUUCGGCAGCUAUUGAAAACCAACUCGAUCAGAGAAUUCGCCAGAUUUUUAAAGUUUGAAUGAAUGUGUUAUUAUUGUUAUGAUUAUUAUUUAUCAGAAGUGUAGCUACUUUAUUUGAAUAUUGUUAUACUGGACUAAAGUGUAAAAAUGAUCUAAUUUUAUAUGUUACAAAUAAAAGAUUUAUUUAUGAAACUA